AAACAGUGCGCGCUCCCGAUUCAUUUUGACUCCUCGGACGUCGGUCAGGUGAACAUUCAUUGCUUGCUGGUUUCUACUAACUUGAUACAGAAGUCGGUUCUGUUUAGUUAAAACUUCGUUAUUAUUACUAGCAGGCUGAAUGCGGUCUAGCUGCAAUUUCUUUUUUGAGGAACUUAUUCAGUUUACACGUUAGAGAUAAAAGCGCGUAUGUCUCGGUCCAGAAUGUCUAAACUACCAGGAAAUGCAGGUGUCUCGUUGCUUGGUGACAAGACCUUGGACUUCUACCGGGAUCCGGUGAUCUUCUGCCGGCAGAGAAUUGAAAAACACAGCAGCAGAGUGUUCCUAUGCCGCUUAAUAAACAAACCGACCGUCUUUAUCUGCUCUGUCGAGGGGAUGCGAGAGCUGCUCUGUGAAAAGUCUAACAUAUUUCUGAAGGAUCCAACUGAUUUUAUGACAAACAUAUAUGGAGACACUGUUGUCACCAUGAAUGGUGAGGAGGCCUGCCUCCUCCGUCUGUCUCUCAGCCACUUGUUUACAGGAACAUGUCUGGAAUCCUCAAGUAACUACAUGUCCAGUGUAUGUGAUCACUGCUUAAAGAACCUCUCAAUCAGUGGGCAGCCACAUUGCGUUUACUCCAUCUUUAAACGUCUGGGGGCGGAGUUGGUGUUGGGUCUUUUCCUGAAUGUACGAGCCGAGGAUCAGCCUGAGGUUUUCCAGGAAAUCAUGGAGCUCUGCACAGAACAUUGGCACGGUUUGAUCUCGGUUCCAGUAAAUGUGAAGGUACCUUUGUGGACAUCGGGUUUCGCCAAAGCUCUGGAUGCCAGAAGCAAACUGAUGGAGAUCAUCAAAGACAAAUUAGAGAAUGAUACAGAGGGUUUUGUCGGCGCUUUGGGUUCCCUGCCAUUUCCCAACUCUGGUUCUGCUGCUCAACAUCUCCUCCUAUUCAUCUCGGCACUCAUUCCCAAAGCUCUGGCAUCGCUGCUCACCUCCUUCACUCUGGCUCUUGGAGGACCUGAACAGAGGGAAAGUCGUCAAGAAGCCAUCCGUAACCCUGACCACCUUCACAGAGUUCUCCUGGAGGUACAGAGACUGUGGCCGCCCUUCAUUGGUGGACGCAGAAUAGCUGAAAAGGAAUCCACCCUCGCAGACUUCUGUGUUCCUAAAGAUUAUGGCGCAGUGUAUGUCAGCUACUUCAUCCACCGUGACCCAGAGGUGUUCCAGCAGCCCGACAGCUUCCUGCCAGAAAGAUGGAGUGGGAGGAAUGCAGGCCAGGAGCAUUUGCUGUGUUCUUUUGGCCGUGGGCCCAGAAGCUGCAUUGGUUCGACCCUUACUGAGAUCUUUAUUAAGGAAGCUUCCAGAUACCUGCUAAAGAACUACGACUGGUGUUUGGAUCCUCCGUCGCAGGACCUUCAAUACAAAUGGCUGCCUGUGUCCCGCCCCGCCAACCUUCCCACUGUGUCCUUCACCCGGUUGGAUCAAAACGUAUCAGAAUGAGAUUACGCCGGGGACACGUAGCCUCCGGCUGUGUUUUAUUGAACAAACAUGUGUGCCUUGCAUGCUGGGGGAAUGUCUGGAGAUGUGAAGGAGGGAUGCCGGCAAACUGCGAGGCUUUCCCCCUCCUGUGCAUAACCUUGUAAUCGUGCCAGGGAAAGCUGAGGGGGGCGCUGGUUGUGCUUUAUCUGUUCCUCUGCCAGAUAUUCUGCAGUGUUCCUUGAUUGCUCUGCAAGCGAAGGCAGGACAGAUGAGUCAUUCUUCUAUUGUGGAAUCUGAAACAGACUCAGAAAUGUUUUAUAUAUAU